AUGAGCAGUGGAUCAGAUAGUGAUUAUGCAAAGUACUGGAUAGACUGGUUCUUGGGAACCAAGGGUAACGAAUACUUUUGCGAGGUAGACGAGGAAUACAUUCUUGAUCGGUUCAAUUUGACUGGUCUGAAUGUCGAAGUACAGCAUUACUACCUAGAGGCACUUGACAUGAUAACCGAUAAUCUUGACGAAGAGAGCCUGGAUGAGAAGGUUCGGGAGCAGAUUGAGAAAGCUGCUCGUCACUUGUAUGGUCUUAUCCACGCACGUUUUGUUAUCACCACUCGCGGUCUUGCCAAGAUGUUGGAUAAAUACAAAAAGGCCGAAUUCGGUCGAUGCCCUCGCGUACUCUGUAACCUUCAGUCUUUACUACCAGUCGGUAUGUCCGAUGUUCCAAUGACAAAGACCGUCAAGCUGUACUGUCCUCGUUGUGAAGAUAUAUACAAUCCAAAAUCAUCGCGCCAUGCUUCUAUCGAUGGAGCCUAUUUUGGAACUAGCAUGCCACACAUGCUUUUCCAAGUUCACCCUACAUACUUACCUGCCAAGAGCCACGAACGUUACAUUCCUCGUAUUUUUGGUUUCAAGGUUCAUGACAUUGCAGAGCAACACAGAUGGCAGGAUCAAGCACGUCUUCGUUUUGAAGAAAAACAGCGCGAUGAAGGGAGACAACAAAGAGAUGCCCGUGCUUUAGGAGCUGCUGUGCCCUCCAAACCAACAUUAGAAGGAGGCAACAAGGAAUAG